CGAAUUAUAUAUGCGUGAAAGCAAAACCCAAAAAAGCCCAAGUUUAUAAUCCCUCAACCGAACCCCAACACUCUCCAACAAAAAAUCCAAAUAACAAACCAAUUGGACGGCCUUGCAGCUCACACACUUGUUAAUGCUUACAAAUGGCUACUGGACCAUUCUGGAGACGGUGCCCUAUUCGAUUGCCAGUGCGGCACCCAACCAAUCGCUCAGCACGGCCACCACCUUGAGCAACGGCGGAUCGGGUUUGCUGACGGGCGCCACCGUGGUGGUGGAGCUGCCACCCGACGACCUGGGCAAUCCGGUGGGCAAUAUCCAGUACACCAUACCGGCGCUCACCAAGAAUGCCACAACGAACACGAGCACCACCACUUUGCUGCACAAGCCACAGGCCACCACCAUACAGAUUGUCAAGCAGCAGCACCAGCAGCAUCAGCAGCAGCAACAUCAACAGCAGCAACAUCAACAGCAGCAACUCCAGCAGCAACACCGUCAGCAUUUGACCAUCCAGCAACCGCAGGCGCAUGCGCAUGCGCGGCAGGAGUACAUCAAAAUAGACACCUCCAGGCUGGAGGACAAGAUGCUGCUGCGCGAUGUGAUGCAGUAUGGCUCCACCAGCAUAGCCAUGGCACCGCAGAGUGCCACCAACACCACUACUGUGGUGUCCACGCACGACACUGGUUUGCUGCUGGCCGAUGCCGAUGAGGCUGAACGAGAGCUGGAACUGGAGGCCAUGAAGGUGGAUCAGCACGACGAAGACCACCUGCUCGACGACGAGGGCUAUGUGGUGGAGAAAAUUCACGACGAUGGUGCGGCGGUUCACCAACAGCCGGACAAGCUGUAUAUGAAUGGAAUAUCUAAUACCAUUCACACGGCCACCACGAUGACGUUGCAGCAGGUGACCAGUGAUUAUCCGCUGGAUGACUGCAAGUAUGCGUGCAAUGUGUGCGGCAAGACCUACAAGAUCAAGGGGUCCCUGAAGCGGCACAAGAACUACGAGUGCGGCGUGGAGCCGAAUCUCAAGUGUCCCCACUGUCCGCACAAGUGCAAGUAUCGGUCUGAUCUGCGCAAGCAUAUGAACCAGAAGCAUGCCGACUCCGGGGAUGCCAUCCUGGGCACCUAGGUCGAUUAUCCAUAAGAUGAAUUAGCAUUUGUAGUCUCUGUUUAGCACUUGUUGUUGUGAGUUACCAUGAUGUGUGAUGAUUUCUAAUCCUAUCCAUAUGAAUUUACUUGGAUCUAUGGGAUUUUUUGAGAUUUACAAAAUAGGUUAUUGCUUUUUACUAACCUUAUUCAUUAUCACUUUAACAUUUGAAUCUGAAUAUCUGUUGAUAUAGAACUGCUCCUUUGUAUAUAGUGAUUGGAUGGCACGCCCUGGACUUUUUAAAUCUCCAAAAAUCCCUAUGAACCCCAUUUAGUCAGUAAAUCGUUUGUAAUAUAGCCAAAGUUAUGAUCUCAAACUGUAAUCUUAAAUACCUUAGGCUAGUUGGACUGAGUAUCGAAACGCGCCGUCAAGUGAAGUUCAAGUUGUAUUGCUCAAUCUGUAGAAUCAAUUUUUCGAAUCAGCUCAAAGUCAAGUGUAGAUUUAAGUAUUUUAAACUCGAACAUUAUGCCCUAGAUAACGUUUUAAAAACAUAAUCCCCAAUCACUGCGUAUUUACCAUGUAUAUGAAGGUACCAAUAAAUAAAUGUUUACAAUCGAA